UUGUUUCGUCGCGAGCUCAUUGGGCGCUCAACAAGUAGCAGGGAUGGAUCUCUGCUGGAGUCUCGCGUUGCUCUUAUCUCUCAUAUCGUUUGUGCUCAGUCAAACGCAACACAGACGCUUCGAAUACAAGUACAGCUUCAAGGGCCCUUACUUGGCGCAGAAGGACAACCUCGUGCCCUUCUGGACGUACAGUGGAAAUGCAAUUGCAAGCGAAGAGAGCGUGAGAAUCACUCCAUCUCUGCGGAGUCAGAAGGGACAGAUCUGGACUAAGAAUCCUACAAACUUCGAAUGGUGGGAAGUCGAUGUUGUGUUCCGAGUGACGGGCAGAGGGAGAAUAGGUGCUGAUGGCUUGGCAAUCUGGUUCACAGACAAACCAGGAGUCGAGGGCCCUGUGUUCGGUAGCUCAGACCAAUGGAAUGGGUUGGGUGUGUUCUUUGAUUCCUUUGAUAAUGACAACAAGCGCAACAACCCCUAUGUUAUGGCUAUGGUCAAUGACGGUACCAAAGUCUAUGAUCAUGAACAUGAUGGGCUGAGCCAACAAUUGGGAGGAUGUUUGCGAGACUUCCGUAACAAGCCCUUCCCUGUAAGAGCGAAAAUUGAGUACUACAAGAAUGUCCUAACGGUAAAAACCCAGCUGAUAGAGUAUGAUUAUUCAAAAAUGGAAGAGGAGGGUGAUAUAGGGGAUGAAAAUGGGACUAGGUAUGAUGAACCAAUACAACCAGUGGAACCAUAUGAAAGUUCAACCACCACCACCUCCCCUACGACAACUGGUGCCCCUUUGUCUGAGUACGAUGAUUACACAACAACUGCCUCUCCUGACUCGUCAACCACUACAAAUUUGCCUGGAGAUGGCUCUCAGUCGACUACCACUGCUUGGUGGGGUAGUGAGGAAGCAUCCACAACUAUAAGCCCAGAGAGUGAAAUAAUUGCCGAGACAGAAUACACGCAGGAUGCCCCAGAGAGCAGCCACACUUUUGAGGAACCUGUGCAUGAGAAUGCAGAAGGUGAGAUGGAGGCUGGCUGGGGGUGGUUUGGCACCAGUGAGGCCACACCAACGGAAGAACCAUCAGUGACCUCGACACCUAAGCCCAACAAGAAGACCAGGAGGAGGAGGAGGAAGAAGACCAGGAGAAAUAGAACGAAGAAGAGUAAGAAGAGGCUGGGGAGCAUGAGCCCGUUGAUGAUCCAUAAUGGAAUGACGAAUAACGAAAAGGACUACGAGAUCUGCAUGCGAGCUGAGAAUGUCUAUAUUCCUCCAAGUGGAUACUUCGGAAUCACGGCUGCCACUGGUGGAUUGGCUGACGAUCACGAUGUCCUGAAGUUCCUGGUGACAUCACUGAGGUCGCCUGAGGAGAUGGCAGUCAUGCAGGCCAACGCAGAGGAGGAAGAGAGGUUCCGACGGGAGUUCCAAGAGUACCAGGAGAAGACCAAGAAGGCGCGUGAUGAGUAUGUGGCACAAAAUCCAGAUUCCAUACGCAAGGAAGCUGAAGAAGAGUAUGAAACCGGAGAACAGAGAGAGCUGCGGCAGAUCUUCCAGGGACAAGGACAGAUCCAUGACCUUAUUCGCAAUCUCCAUGCCAAAUUGGAUGAGAUAAUUGGUCGCCAGGAACGUACACUCGGCCUUGUGUCUGCAGUCCACAGUGGCAUGGGAGGGCAAGUUGCUCCUACUGGACAGGUACCUCCUGCACAGGUUGGGGCUCUGCCUGGGGACACUAUCAGGCGUCACGAAGUCGACUCCAUCCUGAAUAACCAGAGGGACAUUGUGGCAACAGCAAGAGAUAUCAAAAACUUUGUGAAUGAUAUCCACCAAAAGAGCAACCAGUUAUUAACUAACAGUCAGAAGCCUCAGGGCUCAGUCCAGCCAGUUGGUUAUGAUCUGCAUGUUACUCUCAAUGAGAUGAAGGAAGGUCUGAAUAUUGUAAAGCGUGAUCUCGGCACAGCCAAUCAGCGUUUGACUUCUGGGCCCGCAGGCGGGUGCCCUCCAGUCAGCUGUGUCUCAACCGGCAUGUUCAUCACAUUCAUGGUCAUCCAGGUGGUACUGCUGAUAGGAUAUAUCGUAUACAGAGAUAACAAAGAUGCUCAAGCAAAGAAAUUUUAUUAGGCUGCCACACAGCUGCAAGAACUGGCAACUCCAUAUUCUCAGGAGUGAAGUCUUUUUCUUUCUUUCUUUCAAUUUUCCCUUGUAGAUCACUACUUUUUAUGCAGCAAAUUUGUAACAGAUUUUAUUUUGAAAGACUAUGUAUGUCACUGAUGUAGGUAUUGUUAUUACUGUUUGUACAUCAAGACAUUUGGAAAUUACAAGUGAUAUUUUGAUCUGAUACUUCGGGGACCUUCUAUGAUUGGGAAGCAAAAUCGGUUUAUUGCCAUUUUGGGCGCCUCCGGGCAUUUAGGAAAACCACAAGGAAUAGUAUUCUUCUAUUUUUAUUUCUAAUAUUUUGGGGAUUAUUAUUUGUGCAGGUUGUGUUACAACCUUCAUCACUCAUAAAGCUAGGAUUACAUUGUCAAGGGAACCGUUGCAAUAGAUGUGGGAAGGACCAAACUACCUACAAUUUCAAAGCUGGUUGUUUAAAGAAAAUAUGCUGAUAGGUUUUUCAGAAUUGCACUUGUGCAUUUGAUUGUUUUUAUGAAUAUUUUAUUUGCAAGUGAUUUCCCUUCCCCCUUCCCUCCCCCCCAAAAAAAAAGAUGUGUAUGUAGAGGAAAUUGUUUAUAAAGUUAUUUUGAAGUGCUAAGAUUAGAUAAAAAAAAGUCUUGCCUAGUUUAACAGAUGGUCCCCUCCA